AUGCCUCUGGCUAUAUGCCCUAAGGGGCCGGCUCUGGUACGGGUGCGGAUCUGGGGUGUCAUUAUCACGACUAUCGUCUGCUUUGCUAUUGUUGGGUCACUUGCCUGGCAUUUUAGCAAUUUGGAUGAUUCCCGCCGACGGCUCAACGAGGGCGCAGCAUCGUCAGACAGCCGAGGCCCAGGAGGACGAGAGGACGUCGACCUCAUUUGGCGAACGCUGCCAUGGAACAAUCCCCUGGGAGCGCCUCGGCCACUGCCAACGCAGGGCACUAAGCCGUUGCCUGCGGUACAGUUCAAGUUUGGACCCGAGACAGACAACGACAAGAAUGCCAGGCUCCGUCGCCGCGAUUCUGUCAAGAAGGCGUUUGGACGAUGCUGGAACUCGUACAGAGACCGUGCUUGGCUCCACGACGAGCUCGAGCCUGUCAGCGGCGGAUCCAAGGAUACCUUUGGCGGCUGGGCCGCGACGUUGGUUGACGCCCUCGACACCCUGUGGAUCAUGGGCAUGCACGACGAAUUUAACGAGGCUGUUGGCGCCGUGGACAAACAUGUUUCUUUUGCUACCUCUUCAUCUGGCGAUGUCAUCAGCUUGUUCGAAACCAACAUUCGCUAUCUUGGCGGCCUGCUUUCUGCCUACGACCUGAGCGCCGAUGAUCGACUGAGGAAAAAGGCAACCGAUGCCGGCGACAUGAUACUAAAGGCCUUUGAUACACCAAACCACAUGCCAAUUGGCCGCUGGAAUAUCAAAGAAGCCGCCGAAAACAAGAAUAAUACGGCGCCGGACGAGACCAGCCUGGCUGAGAUUGGAACCAUGGUCCUUGAGCUCACCAGACUUAGCUUAAUCACGGGCGACGCACGAUAUCACGACGUUACGCAGCAUAUAAGUGACCUUCUCGACGAUUCACAAAUGACGACCAAAAUACCCGGGCUUUGGUCCGUCUCGGUCGACCCCAGUGCUGCUCGCUUCGACACCGGCUCGGGCUACUCAAUGGGGGGCGGUGCCGAUAGCGCGUACGAGUACUUUCCCAAGAUGAUGGCCUUGCUCAAUAACCUCGACCCCAUGUACGAACGGCUAUACAAGCGCAGUAUUGCUGCCACACAGGAGCAUCUCGUCUACCGUCCCAUGGUGCCUGGCGACGCUGACAUCCUGAUGACGGGAGUCGCAAGCUCCAGGGACGCCCCUAAAGGAAAACCAACACUGACGGCCGUCACUGAGCACCUGACAUGUUUUGCGGGCGGCAUGUAUGCACUCGGCGGCCGGCUCACGUCCAAUGACUCUGACGUCGACAUAGCCCGUCGGCUGACAGAUGGGUGCGUGUGGGCUUACAAUGCCACCAAGUCGGGCGUCAUGGCUGAGCGACUCGUUGGUGUACCCUGUGAAAACAAGGCGCGCUGCUCGUGGAACGAAACAGUGUGGCGGGAAGCGGUUGGCGACGACGUCGCAGACGUGGACCUGCCACCCAAGGGUAUCGCCAAGCUCAAGUCCAAACAGUACAUCUUGCGGCCCGAGGCCAUUGAGAGUGUCUUCAUCAUGUACCGCGUCACAGGCGAUAAAGAGUGGCAGGAAAAGGCGUGGACCAUGUGGCAGGCGGUUGACGGCCUCACGAAAACGGACCUGGCCAACAGCGCCGUGGACAAUGUGGAUUCUGACGAGGCCAAAAAGGAGGACUCGAUGGAGAGCUUCUGGCUUGCCGAGACGCUCAAAUACUUUUACCUGGUGUUUUCCGAGCCGACACUGAUUAGUCUCGAUGAGUGGGUGCUAAACACGGAAGCGCAUCCGUUUAUGCGUUUGGGCACCAAGUUGUAG